AUGGAUUCUGCUGAAAUCACCGUUGAAGCUGCCCAACAGAAGGUCGAAGGGCUCGCAGAGAAGAAUGUCGACUCUGUCGACUCUGACAUUCGUUAUAUGGCUUAUGGUGCCCGCUUGAGGACCGCCCUUCGCGCCGGCACGCGGUACAUCGCAUAUACCAGUGAUAUAGGAGAGGCCUUUCGGCCGGUUGUUCCUCCCUGGCUUGUUACCGCUGCAUAUGGGGUUUCUUGGCUCUAUCUCUCUGGUGACGUCGCCUACGAAUCCUACAAGGCACACCACCGAGGUCCUACUCCAGUUGAAGCUGCCAACUUCUCAGAACCAACUCGAAUUGGCAUUGCCGCCGUUCAAAGAGCUACUUUUCAAUCUAUUGCUUCCAUGGGACUUCCGGCUCUGACUAUUCAUACGGUGGUUGCGCAAGCUAAGAAGGCCUUUGCGAAUGUGAAGAAUCCUAGAGUCAAGCUGUGGGGUCCCACAGUGACUGGAUUGGCCAUCGUCCCUGCUUUGCCCUAUCUCUUUGACCAUCCUGUGGAACAUGCCACUGACCGUGUCUUUGACUGGAUACGCCAAAAGCUCAUUGAACGUAACCAGGCUCAGGCAAAGACACCUUCGGUUUCUCCGGACAAGAAGGAUUUGUGA